UAAAAAAAUAAUAAUAAUAUCAUCACUCAACUAUCACACUUCUACUAUUUUCAUCACCUAUCACCACCCCAAAUCUCAAUCCCCAUAAAUCAGUUAAUCAAACCCUAAUCAUUCAAACAUUAUUUUAAAUAUUCAAACAUAAAACACAAAAAGUUUUAAACUUUAACAUGUUUGACUAGUUUAAUUAGAGGAUGGAAGCUGAUGUUUCCAUCCCCACUUUCAAACCCUAAAAAGAUUGGAUCUUUAUUAACUGGGUCGGGUUAUUUUUGAUGGGUUUUGUAAAUUCGGAUAAGAUGUUGAAUAUUUGGGUGUUUUCUUGUUGCUUUAUGUGUUUUGUUAUGGCUUAUAGUGGGGUGUUUGCUAAUGUUGUUUUGAUGGGAAAUAAUCUUACUUUAUCUUUUGAUGAUAUUGAAGCUAAUUUUGCUCCACCUGUGAAAAGUUCUGGGGAAUGUGGAACAUUGUUUUUAGCAGAGCCACUGGAUGGUUGUCGACCUUUGAAAAAUAAUUCCAUUGAAGAUAGCGUGAACCCACCUUUUGUAUUAAUGAUUAGAGGGGGAUGUAGUUUUGAGGAUAAAGUUCGAAGAGCACAAUCUGCUGGAUACAAGGCCGCCAUCGUUUAUAACAAUGAUGAUAGUGAUCUAGUUGCAAGUCUGCUUUACAAAUCGAGUGCUGGUGUCAAGGAUUCAAUGUUGGCAGGGAAUACAGCCGGUAUAGUGAUACAUGCUGUAUUUGUUUCAAAAGCAUCUGGUCUAAAGCUUAGCAAAUACGCUGGUGUAACUUCAAUGGAGUUGUGGAUUAUUCCAAGUUAUGAAAAUUCAGCAUGGUCAAUUAUGGCCAUAUCUUUCAUUUCAUUGCUGGCUAUGUCUGCGGUUUUGGCAACAUGUUUCUUUGUCCGCAGGCAUCGUAUCAGACGAGAUCGCCCGCAAGCUUCUCGUGUUCGGGAAUUCCAUGGGAUGAGUAGUCGGUUAGUUAAAGCCAUGCCAAGCCUAAUAUUUACAGCAGUUUUGGAAGAUAAUUGUACUUCAGCUACAUGUGCUAUAUGUCUUGAGGAUUAUAGUGUCGGGGAUAAGCUUAGAAUUCUGCCAUGCCGUCACAAAUUUCACACAAUAUGUGUGGAUGCUUGGCUGACUUCCUGGAGAACAUUUUGCCCUGUAUGCAAACGUGAUGCAAGGACUGCCACGGGUGAGCCACCAGCCUCAGAGCGGACACCAUUACUUUCAUCCAACCCAGCUUCAAUGGCUUCGUCAACUAUAUUAUCUUCUGCAUAUUCAUCAUCUUAUGCAUCAUCGAGAGCAAUACAAAUAGGUCAAACAUCACGUACAAAUUCUAACAUUCAUUCUGUAUCCAGUACACCUUAUAAUCUCCACUCCCUACAAAGCAAUAAUCAAUCCCCUUAUAUUACUCCAUCAAGAAGCUCAUUAGACAUUAGAAACCUUGCAUCUUCUUCCAAUAGAUCCCGUGCGCCUCAUUUGAUAUCUUCAAACUCACUGGGUUACCCUUCUUUGUCACCUCUAAAUUCCAGAUACUUGUCUUCUUCAUAUUAUCACAGCCCAGGCAAUGCUUCAUCGAGUUAUAUGCGGUCUUCUGGUCAGCAGCCGUACCUUUUGCGCCAUACUGACUCAGCUGCUAGUUUUUCUCCUUAUGCCUCGGGUCAUUCUCUUCCAGAAUGUUGAUUAUAGUGUAUAUUGUAGCUUAAGGUUGCUUUAUCCUUUGGUUAUCGUUUGCUACUGAAAUGAUAGUCUUCCAUUGUUAUUUGAGGUUUGUGAUUGGUGAGUUUAUGUUUAAAAGGGGAUAUUAUGCGUGAUUAUAUGAAAGUGAAUAGUUGAUACUAGUUUUUUUGAUA